UCAUGUAUUUUGUUCACGCCUUUCACACCGAUAGCUAGCUACACAUACCCCCUCGUCUAAAAUGUAUAAGCAGUGCAACCUGACCUUGUGCGCAACCCUUGUGAUUAUUACUGUUGCAGUAUUGGCCGAGACAGAGACAAAAAAGAAAGCAAAUGAGAACUCGCGAAAUGUGACCUGCAAAGGGAAGCCUAUGAACAUGGCUCCUCUUAUGGUUGGGCACAAGGAAUGUCACGAAAAAAUCUUUAACAAAGCCCCCUUGAACCCCAGAGAGCUCGACGACGAGGCACGCAAGGAACUGGAGAAACAAUGGGCAGAGAACGAAAUGUGUUACAAUGUGUGCAUUUGGAAAAAGCACGAAAUUAUCAAUGCUGAUGGAAGUUAUGACGAGGAUGGAACUGAUAAACUAGUGAAAGCAGUCUUCUCCAUUGAAGUUCAAGCCGAUCUGAAGAAAUCAAUUGAUGAAUGUGCAUCUGAGAACAGCAAGUCGUUCAGCAUGGAUAAUAAAUGCGAAGGAUAUAAAGGCUUCCUUGAUUGCAAAAUGGCCAACUACUUUCAGAUUUGUGAAAUUGACCCUAAAGGCCAACCAGGAAUGUAACCACGGAUCACAUUUGACAUUGGAAUAUCAUCGUCAUCUUUUAUAUAACAUGUAAUGCAAAACUGACUGACAUUUUUUUUGCGGAAAUGAGAAAAAUUAAUAAAUAUUCACAAUAAAUACGUAUGUAUAGAGAAAAUUGUGUUGAACGUACGAGAUUUUAUAUAAAUUGAAAUUGUGUCUUGUUUUAAA